AUGAGCUCCCCGGGACCCCCUCCCAACAUUCAAAACCCCUCGGCAGCAUUCACAACCCCGACCAAACGCGCUACAUUCGGUUCGUCCGCCGAGGCGGGUCCAAGUAGAGCGCGACCAUUAGGUGCGAGUCCUGCCUACUCCUCCAGACGUCACUCUCUCUAUGGAUCUCGAAUUUGGAAAGUCGGUUUCUCCGGCGAACCUGAUCCAAGAGCUGUCUUCUGGGCUCAGAAGGAUUCGGAUGGCCUUGAUGGAGAGGCUUGGAAUUUUGAUCUUGGUUGUAUAGAUGGGGCAAGAGGUAAUAGAGCCGAGGGGGACAGAAUCGUAGGUUUAAGGAUGGUGAGGAACGUGAGGGAAACAUUUCAUAAGUAUCUGAUGACCGAUUCGAAAGCUAGGAAAGUUAUAGUGCUGGAGAACACGUACUUGCCGAGUUAUGUGAAAGAUCACUUGGUCAGAGUCCUCUUCGAUAAUCUAAGAGUCCCUUCGGUAUCAUUUACCCCUUCCAGUCUAGCAUCCCUGGCGGCAUGUGGGAGGAUAACUGGUCUUGUGGUGGAUUGUGGGUGGUUAGAAACUACUGUGACACCUGUCAUGUUCUCUCGUCCACUUCUUCAUCUGGCUAAAUCCACUACUUUGGCUGGUAAAACAUUACACGACCGUCUACGUCUUUUGAUUCAUUAUCAUGCUACCUACAUCGUUCCACCUGCGUCGCUCAAUGAGGUAGCGAACCGUAUCAGACAUCAACCAGUACCCAUGUCGAUAUUAUCGGAUCAGAUCAUUGAACGGAUCUUAAGCGAGGGAUGUCUAGUUGGAGAUAUACCAUCCAACUCUCAGAUAGAAGAGGACGACUCGAUGGAGCCGCCAGUGAUUGUCCGAGCAGACGUAGAUGAAGACGAAGAAGCACGUUUGGCACGGUCACUACGACAUAAAUACCAGUCAUCUUCAUCUACAGUGGAAAUGAAGUCCAAAAUACCUCCUCCGACGGGAUCACCCACUGACAUGGGCUAUGGAGAUUUACUCGUGCCCGGCUGGAUUCGAGAGCGUGCGGCCGAGAUAUUUUUCGAGAAUGAAACGAAUCGAGAUGAUGAAGCAAUCUCGAUACCUCAACUCAUCCUCAAGUGUCUUUUGAAGCUGCCCGUCGAUAUACGAGCAACGGUGAUCCAGACAAUUUUGGUGACUGGAGGAACGGCUUCUCUACCCAACUUCAUACCUCGUUUACGCGAUUCCCUUCUAAGUCACCUUCGACCCUCCACUACGUCUCCUACUCCCCCAGCUGAUAUUUAUGAUCUGAAAACCUGGCGUAUGCGGAAUAACGAACCCUACAAACCGUUGUAUGGUCUGCAUGACAAAUUGAACAUUAUCAAUGAUCCCUUACCUCCAACUCCAUCAACAACCAAAGCUCCACGUUGGGUCCCCAGUCUGAUGUCAUGGGUCGGAGGUUCUCUCGCUGGAGCUUUAAAAACUGGUGGGCCGGAAAUAUUUAGAGAAGAAUACGACACAAUCUGUGCCGAAGCCAUGACUCGCGCUGAAGCGUGGACAAAUGCUCAAGACGAGGCGCAAGUGGAAGAGACGGCAGGAGUGGAGUUGGAGGUUUUAGGACCAGGUAUGGCUCUCAUUGGUUUGGAAGAACAUAGGAAAAAGGGUUGGAGUGAGGUUCCUAGAGUAUCAGAUUGGUCUAGGACCGUACCCGCGGUAUGA